AUGGAGACGAGGGCAUCCUUCAUUGCUAGCAUGAGAGAGACCCAGCAGCUCUCCCCAGAGAAGGAUCCCAGCCCAGCCAAUGGUGAUGGGGAGCACUUUGACUCAGAUGAGGGCUCCAGCAUUGAGGAUGCAGACUUCAACUGGGACGAGUUCCUGGAGGAAACAGGAGCCAGUGCUGCCCCCCACACCUCCUUCAAACAUGUUGAAAUCAGCCUUCAGAGCAGCUUCCAGCCAGGGAUGAAGCUGGAGGUGGCCAACAAGAGCAGCCCAGACACGUACUGGGUGGCGACCAUCAUCACCACGUGCGGGCAGCUGCUGCUGCUGCGCUACUGCGGCUACGGCGACGACCGCAGGGCUGACUUCUGGUGUGACGUGAUGACAGCAGACCUGCACCCCGUGGGCUGGUGCACACAGAACAACAAGGUCCUGAUGCCUCCAGAGGCAAUCAAGGAGAAAUACAUGGACUGGACAGAGUUUCUCAUCCAGGAUCUGACUGGCGCCAGGACGGCCCCUGCGAAUUUGCUGGAAGGUCCUCUGCGAGGAAAAAACCCUGUAGACCUCAUUACAGUUGAUUCCUUAAUAGAGCUGCAGGAUUCCCAGAAUCCCUUUCAGUACUGGAUAGUUAGUGUGGUUGAAAAUGUUGGAGGAAGAUUACGCCUUCGCUAUGUGGGAUUGGAGGAGACUGAAUCCUAUGACCAGUGGUUGUUUUACUUGGAUUGCAGACUUCGACCAGUCGGUUGGUGUCAAGAGAAUAAAUACAGAAUGGACCCACCUGCAGAUAUCUAUUCUCUGAAGACUAUAACUGAGUGGAAAUGCGCUCUGGAAAAAUCCCUUAAUGAUGCAGCAAAUUUUCCUCUUCCAAUGGAAGUGUUCAAGGACCAUGCUGAUUUGAGAAACCACUUCUUCACUGUGGGGAUGAAGCUGGAGGCAGUGAAUAUGAGGGAGCCAUUUCAUAUCUGUCCUGCAUCAGUGACCAAGGUUUUUAACAAUCAUUAUUUACAAGUGACCAUUGAUGACUUGAGACCUGAACCCAGCAAAAUCUCAAUGCUUUGCCAUGCAGAUUCCUUGGGGAUCUUGCCAAUACAGUGGUGCCUUAAAAACGGAGUCAAUCUCACACCUCCCAUGGGUUACCCUGGCCAGGACUUUGACUGGGCAGACUACCAGAAGCAGUGUGGAGCUGAGGCAGCACCUCACCUGUGCUUUAGAAAUACAUCCUUCAGCCGUGGCUUCACCAAGAACAUGAAGCUGGAGGCAGUGAACCCCAGGAACCCUGCAGAGAUUUGUGUGGCUUCCAUCACCUCGGUGAAAGGACGGCUGAUGUGGCUGCACCUGGAAGGUUCACAGAUGCCCUCUCCAGAGUACAUUGUUGAUGUGGAGUCCAUGGACAUUUUCCCUGUUGGCUGGUGUGAAGCAAAUGCUUAUAACCUCACCCCACCACACAAAGCUGUUUUGCGAAGGAAGAGGAGAAUUGCAGUUGUGCAGCCAGAAAAACAGUUACCAUCCACAGUGCCUGUUGAGAAAAUACCUCAUGACCUCUGCCCAGUUCCUCAGCUAGACACAACAGGCACCAUCAAUGGGAGGUACUGCUGCCCCCAGCUCUACAUCAACCACCGCUGCUUCUCAGGUCCAUAUUUAAACAAAGGCAGGAUUGCAGAGCUACCUCAGUCUGUGGGGCCUGGCAAGUGUGUGCUGGUCCUCAAGGAGGUUCUCAGCAUGGUGAUCAAUGCAGCUUACAAGCCAGGGAGUGUUUUACGAGAACUGCAGCUUGUGGAGGACCCUCAGUGGAAUUUCCAGGAGGAAACACUUAAAGCAAAGUACAGGGGGAAGACGUACAGGGCGACCGUGAAGAUCGUGCGCACGUCGGACCAGGUGGCAGAUUUCUGCAGGAGGGUCUGUGCCAAGCUCGAGUGCUGCCCCAACCUCUUCAGCCCUGUGCUGGUGGCUGAAGUCUGCCCCGAGAACUGCUCCAUCCACACCAAAACCAAGUACACUUAUUAUUAUGGGAAGAGGAAAAAAAUCAUUAAGCCACCGAUUGGGGAAAAUAACAACCUGAAAAGUGGCCAUGUCAAGCCAGCCAGACGCAGAAAGAGGCGGAAAUCCAUCUUUGUGCAGAAGAAAAGGAGAUCAUCAGCUGUGGAUUCCAAUGCUGCAGGCUCUGCAGAGGAGAGCGAGGAGGACGAGGCGGACGCGAUGGAGGACGAGACGGGCAGCGAGGAGACGAGCUCGGAGCUGCGCGAUGACCAGACGGACACGUCCUCGGCCGAGGUGCCCUCGGCCCGGCCCCGCAGAGCCGUCACCCUGCGGGCCAGCACCGAGCUGGACAGGCCCCCUGCCCCUGAGAGAGCGCGCCGCAGCCGCAGGGCCCAGCCCCACUCCUGCAGCGAGGCCGACAAGGGCACGCCAGCCAAGGAGGAAAUUAAGCCAGAAGAGGAAGAGAAGCUUGUCCUGGACAGUAACCCACUGGAGUGGACUGUGACUGAUGUCGUGAGGUUUAUUAAACUCACUGACUGUGCACCCCUUGCCAAAAUAUUUCAGGAGCAGGACAUUGAUGGCCAGGCCCUCCUGUUGCUGACACUGCCCACCGUGCAGGAGUGCAUGGAGCUGAAGCUGGGCCCAGCCAUCAAACUGUGCCACCAGAUCGAGAGAGUCAAAGUUGCUUUCUAUGCACAAUAUGCCAACUGA